AUGGGUAUGGACCUUAUGCAAUACCCGGUCUUCCGAGACAGCGUCGAAGCCGCGGAUCGCUAUCUACAGGACCAGCUAGGGUGCACGUGGUCUGGCUGCGAGGAGCUUGAAAGGGGAAGGUCCACAUUGAGGCUCCGAAUGCCCCAAUACAGCCAGAGCCUUUGCACUGUGCUUCAAGUCGCCCUCGUGGAACUCCUCGAAUCAUGGGACAUCAGGCCAGUGGCAGUCGUCGGACACUCGAGCGGAGAAAUCGCGGCCGCCUACUGCCAAGGACCCAUCUCUCGGGAGGAUGCCUGGAGGGUGGCAUAUUUCCGCGGAGUGUUGUCUGCGAAGCUCAAGGCCUGUGGAAUUGAGGGUUCGAUGAUGGCAGUUGGGAUAUCUCCGGAAGGCGCCGGCGAGAUAAUCUCAAAAUUGGCCCCGAAAAAGGUUCACGUUGCCUGUGUGAACUCCCCAGGGAGCGUCACCUUGUCGGGUGACGCAGAGGCCAUCGACAUGGUCUACGACGCCCUCCGAGAGAGGGGAAUCUUCGUUCGCAAGCUGCAGGUGGAUGUCGCCUAUCACUCACCGCACAUGCAGCUUGUCGCCCGCGGCUGCUGGGAGACCAUUGCUGACGUGUCGACCAAUUUCUCCCCAGGAAAAUGCAGCAUGUACUCCAGUGUCACCGGGGAGCUGGUCCAGCCAGGAGGACUCGUGUCCGCAUGUUGGGUCAAGAACCUGAUAUCACCCGUCCAAUUCGCCACGGCAGUACAGCAACUCGCGACUAAGGAGAAGGCUCUGGAUCUUCUAGUCGAGGUCGGACCCCAUGCCACACUGCAAGGACCAUCCACCCAGAGUUUGCAGAAUAUUGACAUUUCCGAUCUGCCGUAUCACUCCGUUCUUCUGAGAAAUCAAAAUGGAGUCGAAACGGCUUUGAACCUGGCUGGCUCGCUCUCUGCUCAAGGCUACCUCACAUGGCUAAAUCGAGAUACCAGUCGGAAUUAUGUAUCGAUCAAGAUUUCGGUCUUCCCAGCGAUUAAUCAAUACACGUCCGGGCUCCAGGUGCGCACCUGUAUGUUCGGCGGCGAGCACAUGUCGGUGCAGAGCCAGUACCUCGCCGUGACCGGGCAGGUCGAGCUCCCGAGGCACGUGUACGAGCCGGCCCGCAAGCUCGGGACCGCGGCCGUCAUCGGCAACACCCAGGACACUCGGUGUCUUUUCGGGCUCCUCUCGAAGGCGCCCGACAGGUCGAGUGCCGUCUUCUACUGGGUACUGGGAAUCCGCUCCGACGACCCGGCGGGAGAGGCAGCGUGGCUGGGGAAAGCAAGCCAGGAAGAGCUGUACGACAAGGCGGCCGAUCUCACGGAGGGGUGGCCCUCGGUGUUGAGGGACAUCAUAGAGCACACGGGCCCCGCGGGCAUGUUCACGCCGCCCAUCAACUUCUUCGAGUUCGUGCCCCCGGACAAGCUGCCCGGCAAGCGGGUGACGCUCCUUGGCGAUGCCGCCCACGCGAUGAUCCCAUUCCGCGGAGGGGGCGCCAACACGGCCAUCAGGGACGCGUGCGAGCUUGCCGAGCUGAUCAUCCAGGCACAUCAGGAGGUUGGGGUGCUGGUGCCGUAUGAGGAGGUGAUGCUGCCCAGGGGAAGGGACAUAGUCUUGGCGAGCAGGGCGGCGGGUGAGUCGAUAGAGAAGAUGUAUCAGGCUGUUCGGGCUGCGGGACACUUCGGUGGGGCGCCUCCUCCUAAGACCAAGCAGUAUUAG